CAGGGGGCGUGGCCCGGUAGGGGUGUCCCGGGAGCAGCACGUGGAAGGCGGCGGUGCUUGUCUGCUCGUGCCGGGGAGGGAGUCGCGCGCUGCCAUGCAAGAACCGGAGCAGCCUGACGAGGGGGCCUCGGGCGGCCCCGAGUGGAACAUCCCGCCUAACGCGCCCGCUUGCAUGGAGCGCCACCUGGACGGGGCCCACUACCGCCCAGAUGGAGCUCUUCUCCUGGGUGCUUCUAGCUUGAGUGGACGUUCCUGGGUGGGUUCCAUUUGGGUAUUUAAGGAUCCAGAACGGGCUCCUAAUGAAGGCUUUUGCUCUGCUGGAGUUCAGACGGAAGCAGGCGUAGCGGAUCUGAAAUGGGUAGCAGAUAAAGGAAUACUAGUGGCCUCAGAUUCUGGUGCUGUGGAGCUCUGGGAGUUGGAUGAGAACGAAACUCUAAUAGUGAACAAGUUUUGUAAAUAUGAGCAUGACGAUAUUGUGACAACAGUGAGCGUUUUCACUAACGCCACUCAAGCGGUUAGUGGCAGCAAAGACUUCUGCGUGAAGGUUUGGGACAUCCCACAGCAAACAGUGCUGCACUCUUACAGAGCUCAUUCCAGCCCAGUGACUUGUGUGGCCUCUUGUCCUGGUAAGGAUACCGUGUUCCUGUCCUGUGCUGAGGAUGACAGAAUUUUACUGUGGGAUACCAGAUGCCCCAAACCAGCUACUCGAAUUGUUUGCAGUGCCUCGGCUUACCUCCCUACCUCAGUUAUGUGGCAUCCGCAGCAAAGUGACAUGUUUGUUUUGGGUGAUGAAAAUGGGACAGUUGCUCUUGUGGACACGAAGAACCCAGAGUCCGCCUUAAGUUCAGCUGUGCACUCCCAAACCAUCACUGGGUUUGCAUUUUCUACACACAGUUCGCCCCUUCUGGCUUCAAUUAGUGAAGAUUGCUCGGUAGCUGUUCUUGACUCCAGCCUUUCAGAGGUUUUCAGAAGUCGCUCUCAUCGAGACUUUGUGAGAGGCCUAUCGUGGUCUCCCUUGAACAAGGCCUUGCUCUCUACAGUUGGAUGGGACCAUCAAGUUUUACACCACACAGUUCCAACACAGACUACUGAAGCUGCUGGGAGCAACAGUAUACUUCACUUCAAGGAUUGAAGAGAUGAAGAAAGCUGAGGGAAAGAGCUCCCUUGUUACAGCUUGGAGUCAGAGUGAAGAUUCUGAAAGCUCAAAUUGUUUCUCUUCUGAAAGUCAGUGACCAGCUGCUACUGGUAGCUUUUCAUAAAAGGGUGACUUCUGUUGUACUACUUACAUUAAAUGGCUUUUUGUUCUGGGGAGCAGGGCAUAUGCCCCAAAUUCCUAGUAUUUGCUUUGCUUAUCCUUUAGUGUUUUUGUAACUUAUUGCAUAACAUUUUUAAAACCUGGCUCUUUCCCUCAAACUACAGUAUGGUUUUGAAAAACUGCACUGCUGCAUGUGUUGCCAACUGCUGUUCGGAUAUUUUGUUCAUAGUAUGGUUCCUGCCCCCACCUACGCUCUCCCAAAUUUAAACAGGCUAUGUACUAUGAGGCAAAUAGACAGAAAGUACCUGAUUGGAAGCCACUUCCUUUCUUCUUAGUCUGUAACAUGCUGUUCUGCAUGAGCGAAGAAAUCAAAAUGAAGGAUAAUGUUAAAAUCAUCUGAUCUACUAUACAGAUUAUAUCAUAGCAGACCCAAAUUGUGCAGUGCCUAUAGUUAAUUUGCAGGCAGGCAGAUACGUUUCCUUGUGUAUAUUUUUUCAUUUAUUCAUUUAAAACUAACUUGGCUCUCUUGAAUUCUGACAUAGUGAAAUGUUUCACAGAGAGCACAUGCUGAUCCAGUUCAGUGCAGUGUAUUCAAAAGUGAAAGUUAUAAAAGCAGACACCUUUCUUACAAGCUAUUUUAAAAUAAAGGAAGGGGAAAAACCUUGUACUUAUUAUCAUGGACCUCUGUGAUACUGUAAUGAGAAUGAAAACAAGUCUUGUGCUGUUUACAUGUGAAAUGGGUGUCUGUCUUUGAAAAAUGGAAGGCAGUUUUUAAUAAAUCAUAGUUUUAAUUUCUAAAUGGGUACAGAUUCACUGGGACAUGUUCUUCAAAGACUUGCAUUAUUUAUCUUGCAUUCGCUCCAAAGAGUAAACCUGGACCCUAUGACUUGCGUAGAGGGACAUGCAAUAUAUUUCUUUUGGUCCUGGAUGUGAAUUGCGGAACCUUUUUUCUUGGUAGAGGCUUGAUCCAGC